CGCCAGGGAGCAGGACGGGCAUCGGGGCCAUGGAGAGGACAGCGGGCAAAGAGCUCGCCCUGGUAAGAGGCAGCGGGGGAAUCCUCAGACCCCACGUCCCUGGUGUACCCUUAGAUGCAGAAACUCCGGAUAUCCACCCUUCGCUUUCUAACCUUUCUGCAAAAUGGAUGUGCCCCGGAGUUCCCACUUGGGGAGUCAAAGUUCCUGACCCGUGAAGCGGCUGGUUUGUAGGGUGGGACGGGAGUCUGACCGCAUCUCGGGAGGAAGCGACAGAAAGAUUCUUUGUGACAUUUGGAGUGUCCCGAAUGAUACUCCAUCCACUCAAGACCUGGGAGGAGGGUGUCCGUGGCGCAGAGGGACCCACCUGGGAUCCCACCCAGAGUCUGGCGUAGUCUGCUCGGGAAAGUGGGCCAAACGUAAAGGCCGGGGACAGAGGCGGGGGCGCUGCCCUGAGCCCGCCUCCACAUCCAGGCGCCGCUGCAAGGCUGGGGUGAGGAGACCGAGGACGGAGCGGUGUACAGCGUCUCCCUGAGGCGCCAGCGCAGCCAGCGCUCGACCCCGGAGGGGCCUGGAGACGACCAGGCUGCCAUCCCUGCUGCCGACACUUUCCUCCAGUACCGCACCAGCAAGGUGCGGGCGCUGAGGGCCGCCCGACUGGAGCGGCUGGUGCAUGAGUUGGUGUCCGGAGACCGUGAGCAGGACCCUGGCUUCGUGCCUGCCUUCCUGGCCACCCACCAGGCCUUUGUGCCCACAGCGCGCGUUCUGGGCUUUCUGCUACCCCCGCCGCCGCCGCCGCCUCCUCCUCCUGGACAGCAAGAGGGCGGAGAGACAGGAUCAGAGCUUCAGCAAGAACCUGAGGGCUGUGGUUUCCGUACUCGGUUCGUGGCUUCGAGACCACCCUCUGGACUUCCGGGAUCCUCCCGCCCAUCAGAACCUGGGCAGUGUCCGAAUCUUUCUGGACUGGGCAGCUCCAGGAGGGGCAGAAGCCAGGGAAGCAGAGAAACUUCUAGAGGAUUUCUUGGAGGAAGCUAAGAGAGAGCAGGCAGAGGAGGAGCAGCGGCUGGCUUGGGCAGGCCCUCUCAGGGCUGCCCAGUCCCCCAGAUCAGAGUUUGUAGAGGACUUCGAGGAAGAGGAAAGCCACAGUUCAGAAGGCCCAGAGCUCCUGGACUUCAGUGUGGACGAGGUGGCAGAGCAGCUGACGCUUAUGGACGUGGAGCUCUUCUUGCGCGUGCGGACCUGCGAGUGUCUGGGUUCUAUGUGGUCUCAGCGCGACCGGCCGGGAGCUGCAGGCAUUUCCCCCACAGUGCGUGCCACGGUGGCCCAGUUCAAUGCGGUUACCAGCUGUGUCCUGGGCUCGGUGCUCGCAACACCUGGCCUGGCGGCCUCGCAGAGGGCACAGCGCAUUGAAAAGUGGAUCCGCAUCGCCCAGCGCUGCAGGGAACUUCGCAAUUUCUCCUCUUUGCGAGCUAUCCUGUCCGCCCUGCAGUCUAACCCCAUCUACAGACUCAAGCGCAGCUGGGGAGCCGUGAGCCGGGAAGCGCUGUCCACUUUCAGGAAACUGUCACAGAUUUUUUCUGAUGAGAAUAAUCACCUCAGCUGUCGAGCAGUUCUUUCCCAGGAGGAGACCACUGAGGGACCGCAUGAUGAUGGCUGCCUUCCAGGAAGUCUGCCAUCAAAACUGCCCCCAGGUCCUGUCCCCUACCUCGGCACCUUCCUCACAGACCUGGUUAUGCUGGACACAGCCUUACCGGAUAUGCUGAAGGGAAAUCUCAUCAACUUUGAGAAAAGGAGGAAGGAGUGGGAGAUCCUGGCACGAAUCCAGCAGCUACAGCAGCGAUGCCAGCUCUACAGCCUGAGUCCCCGGCCACCAGUCCUGGCUGCCCUCCGAGCCCAGCACCAGCUCAGUGAGGAGCAGAGCUACCGAGUCUCCCGUGUCAUUGAGCCACCAGCUGCCUCCUGUCCCAGCUCUCCACGAAUCCGGCGGCGAAUCAGCCUCACAAAGUGUCUCAGUGCGAAGCUGUCCCGGGAGAAGAACCCUUCCCCUGGUGGGAGUCCCGGGGAUCCAUCCUCACCAACCUCCAGUGUGUCUCCAGGGUCUCCUCCAUCCAGUCCUAGAAACCGAGACCCUCCUCCUGGCAGUCCUCCAGCCUCCCCAGGGCCCCAGGGCCCCACCAACAAGAUGAGCAAGGCCGCAACCUCCACCACCCCGCACUGCCUACAGCUGUCUGUGAACAUGGACCCCCCCAUGACCGUGAGCCUGAGCAGCUCUCGAAUUCCCCUCCUUGGGCAGCAGACCUCAGAGGCCCGUGUCAUCCGAGUCAGCAUCGACAAUAACCAUGGGAACUUGUAUCGGAGCAUCUUGCUCACUUGUCAGGACAAAGCUCCCAGCGUGGUGCAGAGAGCCCUGGAGAAGCACAAUGUGCCUCAGCCUUGGGCCCGUGACUACCAGCUCUUCCAGGUCCUGCCUGGGGACCGAGAGCUCCUGAUUCCAGACAGUGCCAACGUCUUCUAUGCAAUGAGCCCGGCUGCCCCUGGCGACUUCUUGCUGCGUCGAAAAGAGGGGACACGGCAUACACCUUCAGCCUCCCCAACCUGAGGCAGUGCUCACCUCACUCUGGCACCAUGGACAACUUGGAACCUGGCUUCUACCUCCAUCUGUGUAGGAGGCCCAUUUCCUGAAGGACCUCCAUCCCCCAGGGGGAGGGGGCCCAUUUCCUGAAGGACCUCCAUCCCCCAGUGGAAGCCGUUUUGCUCUAUAUCCCGGGAAUUCCCCAGCAUUAGCCCACUGGAACCCAUCUCUCUGACUCCCUGGGUACUUGGCUAUUAUUCCAAAAACAUGGAUGUAUGAGAAGAGUAUAAAACUCAGAAAAAAAGAGCCUUCGGAGCUGGAAGCUCAGCUUAGCAGCAGAGCUCUUGACCAGCAUGCCAACCAGGGAUGGUUUUCAGCACUCCCUAAAAUAAAAGUCCUAAGGGGUUUGGACUAUAGGGUGUAGUUCAGUUGGACCUUACCUAACAUGUGGCAGGCAGGACUUUGAGAGCCAGCACUGAGUAUAUCCAGCAUGUUAGCACAUGCCCAUAAUCCCAGUGCUUGGGAGGUGCAGGCAGGACGAUCAGGAGUUUGUCAUCCUUGGUUACAUAAUGAGUUGAAGGCAAACCUGGGCUACAUCAUAAAACCUCAUUCAAAAACAAACAAACAAAGAACCUAAGAAAAGGUUGAAAAAGUGGUAACCAGAGCCCAGGGGUUUCUCCCUCGGCUUCAGAAGGUGCCAUCUGCUUUUCUGUCACACGCAUGAAGAAAUAAGAAGAGGGAAGACGUUAGUCAUCUCUUGUAAAUCCAGGCAGUGAGAAACUGGGAUGGCAGUGCACGCCUAUCGCCCUAGCACUGGAGGUAGGGGCAGGAGGGCCUCGAGUCCGAGGUCAUUCCAGCUGUAGUGUGAGUUCCGGACCUGCCCGGGACAUCACUUCCUGUAAGUGAAGAGAGGCAGCAUAGAUGGACUGAGCUUGGAGUUACAGUAGCAAGAGCAGCAGCAGCACUCUGGGCUUCUGCUGUGAACUAGAACUCAGGGGGUUCUAGGUCUCCCUGAGCCGUUUGGUUUCAAGGGCACCGCACAGUGGUUUAGUGGAGAAGCCUUAAUUCAGAUCCCUGGCACCCACAGAAACAGCAGGGCAUGGUGGGGUGUGUCUAUAAUCCCAACUCCAGGAGGUGGAGACAGACAGGUCCCAGGAGUUCACUGGCCAGUCAUUUCAGUGUGAGACCCUGUCUCAAUAAUGUUGAGGGGCCAUAGAGAUGUCCCAGUGGGUAAAGGUGCUUGCCAGGCAAGCCUAGUGACCUAAGUUCAAUCCUAGGAUCCAUGUAAAAGAGAAAACUGACUCUGCAAAGCUGUCUUCUGAUCUACGUGUGUGCCACAAGACAUGUGCUCCCAACACACAUCUUAUACACAUGCAAAACAAGUAAACAAGUAACAUCAACCUCUGGCCUCUGUGUGAGUAUGCAAGAGUGAGCACACACACACACACACACACACACACACACACACACACACACACACACGCCUAUUGAAGUAGCACUUGCCAAAAAGAUGCUGAUAUCUCCUAUACUGAAAAGUCCAACAAGGGCCAGGCAGUAGUGGCGGGACUCGGGAGGCAGAGGCAGGCGGAUCUCUUCAAGAUCAGGUCAACCUGGUGUACAGAUCGAGUUCCAGGACAGCCAGGAUACACAGAGAAACCCUGUCUUGAAAAAACAACAACCGAGAGAGACAGAGAGAGAGAGAGAGGAAAGUCCAAUAAAAGGCUGCCUCAGUGAUUAAGAGCACUUGUUCCUACAAAGGAUCUGGUUCAAUCCCCAGCACACACAGGAGGCACUAGGCACAGAUGCGGUGCUCAGACAUACACACAAAAUAAUAAAAUAAAUCUUUAAAAGUAUUUUUAAAAAGAGAACAGUUUAAUAAGGUCUACAGCCAUAAGCCUGAUCUCAUCUGAAGAUUCAGUAAGUCUGGCUUUAGGUACAGCGGAUUCAGGGACUCCAAUGACAUCGUCAGGAUUUUGUUGUUUUCUUGACUCUGAUUUGCCUUGAGAAUAAGAUUGUCUGUUCUCCCUCAAAUCCACUCACUUCCUACAGAAAUAGAGCCACUGAUUGUGGGAACAAGAGACCUUGGCCCACUUCCCCAUCAGCCUGGGAGCAGGCAGCUAUAACCAACCACAGAGAAGACAUGUUUACUAAAAACAAUCUGGAGCAAUAAGUUCCUGAUAAGGCCUCACCCACUGGAACACCCUGACCUUGACCUUUUCCAAUGACUAACCGCCUCUUCCUGAACCCCCACCCCAACACUAGUGUCAGGGCAUAUAACCAGCUGGGGUAAGAAUAAAGUGGGGCCUUCUUGAGGCCUUCUAGAAGCCUUCCUUCACCACCAA